AUGAGAUUCUGGUGGAUCCUGCUUACCGUAGGAGCCUGCACAGGGAAUGUGGAUACACAGGACGUGUGCAGACAAGGGCAUUCCGGCAUCCCUGGGAAUCCCGGGCACAAUGGUUUGCCUGGAAGAGAUGGACGAGAUGGAGCAAAGGGGGACAAAGGGGACGCAGGAGAACCAGGCCAUCCUGGCAGCCCAGGGAAGGAUGGAUUGAAUGGAAUGAAAGGGGAACGAGGAGCAGAUGGGAACGUUGAAACUAAAGGCAUCAAAGGUGAACCAGGCUCAAGAGGAUCCCCAGGGAAGCACGGGCCAAAGGGAUUUGUGGGUCCCCCAGGAGAGAAAGGCUUCAAAGGAGAGAUUGGGCCUCAAGGACAAAAGGGAAGUAAAGGUGACGUGGGACCCCUUGGGCCAGAAGGCUUACAAGGUAGCCCUGGACCUUUAGGCCCAACCGGCUUACGUGGCCCCGUGGGUCCCAUUGGAAAACCUGGUCCCCAGGGAGAGACUGGGCUCAUGGGUCCCCAGGGUGAGCCAGGAGCCCGGGGAAUGAGAGGUUGGAAAGGAGACCGAGGAGAAAAAGGGAAAAUUGGCGAGAGUCCCGUGUUGCCCAAAAGUGCCUUCACUGUGGGGCUGACAGUGUUAAGUAAAUUCCCGCCUUCAGAUCUGCCCAUCAAGUUUGACAGGAUCCUGUACAACGAACUCAACCACUACAACGUGGCCACGGGGAAGUUCAUGUGCCAUCUGGCCGGGGUCUACUACUUCACCUACCACAUCACAGUGUUCUCCAGGAACGUGCAGGUGGCUUUGGUCAGAAACGGGGUGAAAGUCCUACACACCAAGGAUGGUUAUCUGAGCUCUGAGGACCAGGCAUCUGGGGGUGUGGUGCUUGAGCUGAAACUUGGGGAUGAGGUGUGGAUGCAGGUGACUGGAGGAGAGAGGUUUAAUGGCUUGUUUGCAGAUGAGGAUGAUGACACCACGUUCACGGGCUUCCUACUGUUCACCACCUCCUGA